AGAAAAUUAAAUUUUAUCAAUACCCAUAUUGUAAAAUAAUUCAAAAGUAAUCAUUAAAGAUUUAAAAUGUCGUUGCUUGAACAGUAUGAGCAGCAAUAUGCUGUACUGAUUGCAGAAAUAACUUCCGAAAUAGCGCAACUAAAACAAUUAAAAGGAGUGGAAAGAAGAGAUCUCAGUUCUAAAAUAGAUGGUAGCCUUGCAGAGGCACAUGAACUUUUAGAACAAAUGACAUUAGAAAUUCGUGAUGUAGAUGUAACAUUGCGUCCGAGUUAUAAAAAUAAAGUCAGUUGUGCCCAGGUAGAAUUAAAACGACUACAAAAUGAUUAUCGUACAACAAAGGAAGCCCAACAGAAGCAACAUAUGACAGUAUUGGAAUUAGGGGAUGGUGAUGCCGACUAUUAUGAUGAUGUUUCUAUCGGAAAUGAUCAGCGACAGCGUCUUUUAGAAAAUUCAGAGCGAAUAGAACGAACGGGGAAUCGUUUAGCUGAUGGUUAUCGUGUUGCUUUGGAAACUGAAGCUUUAGGAGCGCAUGUCCUUAACGAUUUGAAUCAUCAACGUGAAGUAUUGCAGGGAGCAAGAGCACGUUUGAGAGAAACCAAUGCGGAUUUGGGUCGGGCAUCACGGACACUGAAUUCAAUGAUGCUACGAGCAUUGCGAGAAAAAGCUGUAUUAUAUGUAGUUGGCUUUGUAUUUGUUGUUGCCGUAGGUAUAAGCCUAUAUUUGACAUUUUCAUCUAGUAGUGGAGCCACCGCUUAGUUUGCCAACUCUGAGAUAAUGUUAAUAAUUAUGGUAUUUUAGGCAAUAUUGUAUCUAUUUAUUUAUGCAACCACUUUGUUAUUAUACAUUCCUAUUUUAAUUGUGUGAGUAUUUAAGAUUUGUUGUAUUGCAAAAGUAUAAAACUUAAUACAAUAAAAAAUUGAAGCAUCAAAACGUA